GAAAUCUCAUGUGAGUGAGCUUUUCAAAUAUGCUCUUUCUAAUUAUGUUUUCUUGUACAUACUCAUAACAAUUUAGCAUUUAAAUUAUUGUACAAAACUAAAAUUACAUAAACAUAAACCAGCUUUAUGAACUGUAACUAAUGAGGAACAAUGUAUAAAAGCAAAAUGGCAGCUAUAUCUGAAAAUUUGUUACUAGCAUUCUUGCUUUGCACUUUUGGAAUUUAUUUAAAUGUAGAAACCAGCCAUGGACAAACUUUAGAAGCUAUGUCAUUUUUCCUUCUCUGCCAAUAUCAUCAUAAUAUUGAUCAACCUGGAGAGGCCAAAGGAGAGGUUUCUUUAUCAGUUAGCAUAAAAGGUUCUCCAAAGUAUUACGAGCCUAAUACAAGUUAUGAAGUUACUGUCACAUCAAAUUCAGAUUUCGAUGAAUUAUUAAUUACUGGUCUGUACACAACAUCUGCCGAAGACGCAGGCAACACGGUGGAUCUGAAAAAUAAAUAUGCGGUUACAAAACAAGUGGAUGGAAAAAGCCUCACUUGUGCUAUGGUAAAUAUCCACCACACUCCCACAAGGCGUUACAAAUCAGUAACAUUUAUUUGGAACUCUCCCAAACCUGGUUCUGGAUGUGUUAAUUUCAUGGCAACUGCUGCUUUAAAUGAUCAAGUAUUAUUUAAGGAUACAUUAGUUUUUCAGUUGUGUGAAGCUGAUGAUUCAUCAAAAUUUCAUGGAGCCCUGCAAAUGAGUGUUGUGCAUGAUCCUGGUUUAGUAUUAAGAGAAGACUUUGAAAGCAGUAUUGAAGCCGAUCCUUCAAUCUGGUCUGAAAUGAUUAGUGGGGUUGUCAGUGAGCAGUGUGGAUCUGUUCUUCAAGGAAAAGCUGCAACAUUUUGUAGUGGUGUUGGCCCUAGAUCACUAACUACUGUGCCUUUAAAUACAACAACUGCUUCAACACUGCAAUUUGCAUUAGGGACUGGAAACUGUAAUAUUGCAGUUGAUGAACCUCCUAUAAAUGUAUAUUAUGGUACAGAAAAGUGCACAAAAUGGCAUGAGCUGGAACAAAUUAGGUUACAACCUGCAGUUCAAACAACAAUACAUAUAUUAUGUUUACCUCCCUCUGCAAAAUCAACUGAUGUUUGUAUUCAGUGGUAUCAAGAGUCUGUAAGUGGUGGAGGAACUUUUAAGGGAUGUUGGGCAAUUGAUAACAUCAUCAUAAGCAGUGUCGCAGAUCGUCCUAAUCUGUUAGAAGAAAAUUUUGAUCCAACUGAUCCUGGGAAUUUCCUUUUUUUUCCUGGAGGAGUUAUUGAGAGGAAAUGCCAUUCUGAAGGAGAUGCUCUUACGUUCACUGGUCACGGACUUCAUCCUCGUUCUCUUAUUACAAGGGAUUUAGAUAUGUCAGCAAUCAUAGCAGCAGAUGAUAUAAUUUUUAAUGAAAUGUUUGAUAAACCUGUUACAUCAUGGGUUAUAAAAGGAGGUGAUGUAAGUCAAAGAUGUGAAAUCUUGAAUUAUAAAAAUGCGUUACUCAUGUCUGCUAAAGGCACUCGAAUAUUCUGCACACCAUUCAUAAAUUCUCAGAAUGCUGGAAAUUUAAGAUUUCAUUUCCUUUUUGCUGGUGUUAAUUGUUCUUCAAGUCAAUCAAAUGCUGAAAUAGGACACAAUGCACCUGUAUUAGUAUAUGCUGAAACUGCCAGUGGUGAGCAAGUAAUGCUAGCUGAUGUUAUUCAUGCAUCUGUUAUGGAACCAACUCUUGUGUCCAUUCCCAUUCCCGCUGAAGCUCAAACUCAUCGCACUCGAUUUUGUUGGAGCCAAGCAUCAAAUAGUGGAAAAGACAAAGAUAUGUGGGUUGUUGACAAUGUUCUUCUAUUGCCUUGGUUGCAGUCAGAAAUAACUCAUGUGUUAUCAUUUAAAGUCAAUUUUCAGUGUGGUUAUAAUUUGACAGCAAAUGAAAUAGGAGUUGAUUUCAGCACAACAUCUGGCCACAAAUGGCAUCCUUUACAUGAAGUAUGUCUUCCACCUUUAUGCAAUGGGAGCCAGUCCUCCUUAAGUUCUCGACUAUCUUCUCAUGACAUGGAAGGAUGGACUGAAGUAUAUUAUCCAUUACCCUAUGCUGCACUUGUUGGGGGUGUUCGCUUUCGAAUCAAACAGUUGGGCAAAUUUACUUCUUCAAACUGGGCAAUUGAUGAUUUAUACAUUGGAAACUGCCUUAAUGGCUGUAGCGGACAUGGCAUAUGCUCAAAUUCUGAGUGCAAAUGUGAUAUUGGAUAUUCUGGUCAAAAAUGUGAAAUUGCAUCCAUUACUAUUCCAUCAUCUUUAUCUGAAAUGUUUCAGACACCAAAGCUGGAUGAAUUAUUUAAUAUUAUUGAAAUACAUGGAGCUCAAUUGGGUUAUCAGUGUGGAUCACUUGGCAGUGGAAAAGCGGUUGUGUUUGAUAAACAUGGUCCAAGAUAUUUGAUUACGAAUGAAGUUAACACAACUACUAUUAGAUUUCUGCAAUUUACUUUGCGUAUCGGAAGUUCAUCCAAAAAAAGUCCGUGCUUAUCGCCAGAUCACCCAUCUGAAGUUAUUUAUGUUCAUUAUUCAUGCAAUGGAGGACUUACUUGGCACCUUUUAGACUUUUUUGAAAAAUCCAAGUAUCAAGAGCCAAAGAUUGUCUCGUUACCUCUGACAGAGACAGCAAGGAAGCCAUGGUGCAUGUUUAAAAUUUGGCAGCCGUAUCAUUCAGGAAAAUCAGAAGAUGUUUGGGCAGUUGAUGACAUUAGCUUAUCCUCAUCUCUUUUGAAUGUAAUUAGUUUGAAUUUCACUGACUUGAAUGCAAUGAAUUCAUCUAUUCGGUACAAUUCUGGAGUAGUAAAGAAAUACUGCCAUUCUGAAGGAGCAUCAGCUGUGUUUGACGAAGAAGCAUAUAAUGGACUGACGAGAUCGUUAGAAACUAAAUCUAUCACUGUUGGUCCUUCUUAUAUGGUCCAGUUUGACUUGCUUAUGGGAUGUGGCUCACCAUUUACUUCAGAGAAAAAUAAUCAGGUCAGACUGGAAUUUUCAACAAAUCAUGGUAUGAAUUGGUUACCUGUCUAUAAACCAUGUUUACCAUCCAAUGGAAGUUGUAAUGGUGUUUUCACUAAGGGCACUGUAUAUGAUGCAUCUGAAUUUACUAAAUGGAAACGUGUUACUGUCAGUCUUUUACCUGCUACAUGGUCUAGUUCAACCCGCUUUCGUUUUAUUCAGCAUGAAUAUGAUACCAGUGAAAAUUGGGCAAUAGACAAUUUGUAUAUUGGACCACAGUGUAAAGACAUGUGCAGUGGUCAUGGCAGAUGUACUGAUGGAUCUUGUGUAUGUGAUCAAGGCUUUUAUGGUAAAAGUUGUGUGCCACGAGAUAAACUUAAGAAUUCAAUGAUUAAAAAAUUUGAAUCUCCAGAAGAACUAGUUAAAGAAAACUUUGAUAUCAGUGGUGGUGCUGUAGUACCAGCUGACGAGGGAUGUGGUCCCAUAGCUUCAGGCUCUGCAAUAUACUUUUAUCAAGAUGGCAUUAGACAAUUAGUAACAACUGAUAUGGAUACUGAAGAUACAGAUUUUAUUCAAUUUUUCAUUCGUAUUGGCGGUGGAGAUGUUUUAUUGUGCAACAAUGCUUCCCAAAAGGACGAAGGAGUUUUAGUGCAAUUUUCAAAUGAUGCUGGAAUUUCUUGGAACCUGUUGAAGGAAUUAGAUCCUGAAAAUUAUAGAUCAUCGAGAAUGGAGCAUGUCACUCUUCCUUUCACUGCACGAACUUACAGUACAAGGCUUCGUUGGUGGCAACCACAGCACUCUGGUGAAGGGAAAGACCAAUGGGCAUUGGAUGAUCUUUACCUCAAUGCUGAUAAUAGGCCUCAUCAAGUGGAAAAUAUGCAACAAGUUUCAGCACCAGAGGAGCAAAAAUUAUUUUCUGCUACAACAAAAUUUUCGAUACAGCGUUACUGCAAUUCAACUGAAAAAGUGUUGUUGCUAAAUGGUCCAGAGAAAUUUAAGUUUCUCAUUACAAGACCCCUUUUCUUAAAAGAAGGGCAAGUCAUCAUGUUUCAGUGGGAAAGUGGUGUUUACUUGGAAUAUUCCCAUGAUUCUCGAGUUACCUGGAGUCUUGUUAGACAACAAUGCUGCAUAAAUGUACUAGACCGUUUGGCAGAUGAAGCUACUAUGUAUUUUUCUGCAUUGCAUGGAAAAUAUUUUUAUAUAGCAUAUAGUCUUCAUGUCUUUUAUGUAACCAGUACAGUUUUACAAACAUUAUUGCGCUGGUUUCAAGGUUUAUAUCACUCUGGAACAUUUGGCCAACUUACCCCUUUUGCUAUUAGUGAAUUUUAUGUUGGCUUUCCAUGUCCUCUACAUUGCUCAGGUCAUGGCUAUUGUUCUAAUCAAGUCUGCAUAUGUGAUCCUGGUUUCCAAGGGCCCACUUGCACACCAGUUCACCAGAAUCCUGCUGGAAUGUUAGACAGGUUUGACGAUCAUAGUGAUGUUUCUCAGAGUUUGGAAGUUUUUGGCGGUCAACUUGGUACAGGUUGUGGAAAUUUAUCUCUAGGCAAUUCUCUUUAUUUUGGAAAACCUGGAUAUCGCAUAGCGCAUACAAUGGAUUUAGAUACAACUAAUCUGAAAACAUUACAGUUCAUUGUUCAACUGGGAAGUGUCCAGAAUACAGCUACUUGCAGAAGACCACAAGAUAGAAGUGAAAAUGUUUUCGUCCAGUUUUCAACUAAUCAUGGAUUGAUGUGGUCAACUCUUAGAGAAUUAAACUAUCAGUUUUUCAGUCAUAAGCCUACAGCAGUUGAACUUAAUCUUCCUAAGAUAGCAAAAUCUAGUACUACAAGCUUUAGAUGGUGGCAACCCAUAGGAAAGAAAGGCAGGGAAAAAGCCCAAUGGGCAAUUGAUAAUGUGCAAGUUUUGGGGAAUCAUAAAAAUUCUAAAGGGUUCCAUGACACUUUCAAUCCUAUUGUUAUCGAAAACUGGUUUUUGACUCAACAUGGUAUUCCUAGAGCUGGAUGUGCUUCUGCUGACAAAGCUCUGACUUUUGCUGCAGAUCACACGGAAGAACAUUAUGCUGAAACAUGGGAUUUUGAAAUUCAGUCUGCCACAUUUUUGCAGUAUGAUAUAAAUUUAGGUUGUGGUUAUCAUAGUAAUCCAUUCACUGUGCAGCUGGAAUUUUCUAUUGAUAAAGGGAGGACCUGGUCUCUUGUAUCACCUCCAUGCAUGCCUCCAGAUGUUGGAUGCACGAGCUAUUCAUCUGGUACUGUGCAUACAUCUGAUCAGUAUAGCAACUGGACAAGAAUAACAGUUUAUCUACCUCAUAGAGCCAUAUCUCCAUCAACUCGCUUCCGAUGGAUUGAAGUGAUGAAGUAUUCUGGUCAUGCGUGGGCGAUAGAUAAUGUAUAUCUUGGAGAUGCCUGUCCUUGGAUGUGCUCUGGCCAUGGUUACUGUACUGGAAAGAAAUGCUUGUGCGAUGCUGGCUUUAAGCCACCUCACUGUGUUCCUGAAAAACCACUGCCUUGUGAAUUAAGAGACACAUUUGACUCAUUUUCAAAUCAAACUGUUUGGCCAGAAAUCUAUGGAGGAGAAAUAAGUUCCAGGUGUGGAGUGCUCGUUAGUGGAACAGCUCUAGUAUUUUAUAAGGAGGGAGUUCGUAUGGCUGUUACUCAGGACUUGGAUUUAACAGCGGCUCAGUAUAUUCAAUUCACUCUUAAAUACGGUUGUCAUGGAUCAGUACCAUCAACAAUAACUCGUGGAAAUGGGAUUCUUGUACAGUUUUCUAACAACGGUGGAAUUACAUGGCAUUUGUUAAAGGAACUACACUUUUCUGCUGAAACUGCUCCACAGUUUUAUAUGAUACCACUGAAAGAUCCAACUGCUUUGACAAAUGCAACAAGGUUGAGGCUUUGGCAGCCAAUUACUGCUAGCACUAGUGUAAUGCAGUGGGCUAUUGAUGACUUUUAUGUUGGAGGUAUGAUAGUCAAACCUAAUGUUUUGUAUGAUCCUUUGGAUCUCAUUCCACAGCCUGAUGCAUGGCUUUUCUGGCCUGGAGGUGUGAUGGAUGACUUUUGUAUGAGUAACAAAGCUAGAGAUGGUUUGGUAUUUUCAUCUACUGAAGGUGAACGGUCUCUGUAUACAAGAGAUAUGACUGUUAUGGAUGAUUACGUCAUCCAGUUUGAACUGAAAGUGGGUUGUGGAAUAACUAUUUCUCCAGAAGAUCCAGUAUCUCUUCAAUAUUCUUCAGAUCAAGGACGGACAUGGGAGCUGGUGAAGUCAUCAUGGUUACGAUAUGGAUCUGGCCCUGAUGCUGUACUUCAAGCAGAAACUCCUUCUGUUUAUUACAGCAAUAGUCAUUACACAUGGCAGAGAAUUGUUGUUCCUCUUUCUGGUUUGAAAAUCUGUGGAAAUGUGCGAUUCAGGUGGACUCAAGGUUAUCAUUCUUUGAGAGAUUCUCCAUCUCCAUGGGCAAUUGACAACAUUUAUAUUGGACCAUCUUGUGCUCUUCAUUGUAUGGGUCAUGGGUUUUGUGUAAAUGGAGUGAUGUGUGUUUGUGAUGCUGGCUAUGAAGGUGAUUUCUGCCACAGCAUACAUCCUAAUCCUAGUUUAUUAAAAGAUGGAUUUGAAGACAAUAAAAUUGACUCCAAAAAUUGGGAACUUUGGAGUGGUGCAGAAAUUUCUUUAAGCUGUGGAAUCCUCAUCAGUGGUAAUAGCUUAGUGUUUACUUUCCAAGGAGAACGCAUAUUGAUGUCCCGUGAUCUUGACCUCACAUUUGUUGGAUCUAUACAAUUUUACCUGAGACUGGGAUGCAAAUCAGAGGCUCGAUCUUCUGAAGAGCAACCUGUACUACUACAAUAUUCCAUAGAUGGAGGAUCAACAUGGAAUAUGUUAGAACAAUUUAGCUUUGGUGAAAAUUCUAGAGUCUCUCAUCCAUCAUACAUUGCAAUAGAACUUCCUCAUCACGCACGAACCAAUGCAACAAAGCUGAGAUGGUGGCAACCAUCUUUCAAUGGAACAUUUUUAGAAGAGUGGGCUUUGGAUCAAGUUUUCAUCGGAGGAGAUGCCAAUGGGGUUUCUACACUGAAUGAUGAUUUCAGUAGUACCAAAGAAGCAAACUGGGUAUUAAACCCUGGAGCAAAAUUAGAGCCCACUUGUGGAAGCAAAAAUAAUUUUCUACAUUUUAAAGGACCUGAUGACAGGCGAUAUGCUGUUACAACAGAUGUUGUAGUUGCUGAAAACACGUAUAUUCAGUUUGAACUUGUUAUGGGCUGCAGAUCAAGUUCCGCUACUUGUUAUGAAAUUUUGUUGGAGUAUAGUAUUGAUAUGGGCAAAUCAUGGGAUUUGGUGCAGCAUGAUUGUCUUCCCAUGAACGCUGAUUGCAGUGACUUUUUUGAGGGCAGUGUAUUUUUCUCAGACAUGUAUCAGGACAUCACUCGAGUUUCUGUUCCCUUACCGUAUUACACCAGAACACAGACUACAAGAUUUCGUUGGAUUCAACUCCCAGAAUUCAAAUCUUCUCAGACCUGGGCAAUUGGACAUUUAUACAUAGGCGAAGAAUGUAAAUACAUGUGUUCGGGUCAUGGCAAAUGCAGCUCUGGUGUAUGCAAAUGUGAUGAUGGCUGGACAGGUACUUACUGUGAAGAAUCGAAAUCUCCUUUACCAACAGAAUUGAGGGACUCGUUUGUAUCAGAACCUUCUAAUAGUAAAUAUGCCCUUAUUGUAGGGGGGAUAUUAUCUGACCUGUGUGGGCCAUUGGCAUCUGGAACUUCUUUGCAUUUCUAUGGUAGCUGCAGCCGGCAAAUUGUAACAAAAGAUUUGAAUUUAGAGAAAGCAAGUGUUAUUACCUUUUACUUUCGUUAUGGAUGUAUUUCUGCUCCAAUAAAUAGCAAUCAUACAGUUUUCCUUCAGUAUUCUCUAAAUGGUGGUAUUAUUUGGAAGACAAUGAAAGAAUUAUACUUUAAAAGCUAUUUAAUACCUAGUUAUGUAGCAGUUCCGCUGCCAGAUGAUGCCCGAGCUAAAGUUGUACGAAUUCGCUGGUGGCAAGCACAGCAUUCAGGAAGAGCACAUAAUGAUUGGGCUAUUGAUAAUGUGUUCAUUGGAGGUGUUCUUGAGGCACCUGACAAAUAUAUUGCCUUAGAAAAUGGUCGUUUUUUGGUAAACAGUGAAUGGAUUACCAGCACUCAUAUUGAAAAUGCAGAGUAUUGUAACAGUGGUACUUCAGUUGCUGUUGGUAAAUCUAUCAGUAAUGAAAAUGCCGUUUUGGAGACGAUAGAUAUACACAUAAAGAAGCACUAUGUCUUAGAAUUUAUGUUCUCUAUUGGAUGCAAUGAAAGUUGGGAAGAUCCUGGUAUGCCAGUAAGAUUAGAAUAUUCUGUAGAUUUUGGAAAUUCAUGGCAAGAAGUAGUUCAGAAAUGUCUUCCUAUGGAGCUUAACUGCUCUGGUGUUGCAGAAUAUCCAUCUGUUUAUUUUACACCGGUACCAUGGAAACGAUUUACCUUUCCUUUGCAUGGUGAUUUUAUUUCUAAUUGGACACGAUUCAGAUGGACACAAACAGCCACUCAAGAUGCAACACCAUCACACAAAUGGGCAAUUAAAAAUGUGUAUAUUGGUCCUCAAUGCCCACAUCACUGUCAUGGACAUGGAUCUUGCAUAUCGUUUAAAUGCCACUGUGACAAAGGCUAUUCUGGGGAAAGUUGCUCACACUCAGAAAAUAAUCCAACAUUUCUAAAAGAAAGUUUCCAUGAAGCAAAUCUUGAUCCAACAUAUUGGAAUUAUGUAGUAAGUGGAAGAAUAGCAUACCCGUGUUCUGUUCUUGUGGAAGAUACUGCUAUUGUUUUCAGUGGUCCAGGCCCAAGAAUUCUGGAGACAGUUGAUUUAGAUUUAACUGAAGAUGCUAAGUUAAAUUUAUUGUACGAAUUGGAAGAUAUGGAGACAAUCUGGCAUGCAUUGGUGCAACUUCUAGGAACAACAGUGCAUACUUACAAUUUUCUACAAAUGGUGGUGGAGAAAAAUUACUGUUACCAGUCAUCUGGCCAUGCAUUACUCUGGAAAAUAGAUUCUGACAUUGAACAACGGGGAGUUACUACUAGAGAACUAAUUGUAGAAUAUGAUUUUAUGAUUCAGUUCAAGAUCGCUGUUGGCUGUGGUGAAUAUACUGAUAAUUGUUUGACCAAUAACAGUAUCAGACUGGAAUAUUCCAAAGAACCUGGAUCUGGUAUCUGGGAACUUGUCAAUAAAGGUUGCUUUCCAAGUAACACAAUACAUUCAGAAUGUGCUCCAAAUGAUUUCUAUUCUCCUUCUAUUUAUUCAACAAAUACUCAUAAGCAGUGGACACUUGUUAUGUUUUACCUUCCUGAAAAGACUUAUUCAAGUACUACACAGUUUCGAUGGAUACAAGAAACUCCAACAAACAUACCGAAACCUCGCAACAUACCAGCGUGGGCUAUCGAUGAUAUAUAUAUUGGAGAAGCUUGUCCCUUUUUGUGUCAUGGGAAAGGAAUUUGUGUUCAAGGAAAAUGUCGGUGUUAUCCUGGAUUUACAGGAGAUGAUUGUAAACCAGAACCAAGUCUCAGAACUGCUCGUAUACUACCUACAAUGUUUUUAGAUUCUUUCGAAAAUGGGUUAUCAGCUGAUUUAUGGGAAUUAGCUAAAGGUGGAUGGAUUGGCCAAGAAUGUGGCUCAUUAGCUCCACAUGGUGGUGGAAAGCAUUUAUACAUGGGGGAGUGUGGUGUGCGAGAAAUAGUAACUAAAGAACUUGAUGCUUCUGCAGCAAGCAAACUGAUGUUUGUUUUGCGUAUUGGAAGUGAAGAAGGUUUUUCUCAGUGCCAUGUCAAUUUAUUACAUGCUUCAGCUUCAGACAAAUCUGUUGUGCUACAAUACAGCAUAGAUGAUGGCAUAUCUUGGGAAUUUAUUGCCCUUCAUUCAGCAAGAGAUUUUAAGCAGCCAAGGCGUUUAGUAUAUGAAAUACCAGAAAGGGCGAAGAUAUAUGGAGUUCGUUUUCGGUGGUGGCAACCUUUCCAUGAAGGUAGAGGGUAUGAUCAGUGGGCAUUAGAUAAUGUUGAAAUUGUCAG